GUGUGGUAUUGUGCAGCGUCGAAUUAAUUUAGUUCGUUUUUUUAUUUUUGUUAAUUAUAUGUUUAAAAUGGGAUUGUUAUUCAAAUAUAAAAAGUUUACAAAAAAGCUAUUGUAGUUUUUACAAUGUUAUAGUUUGGACGAGUGCAUUUACAAAAGUUCAAAUAAAGUUAUUAAAUUAGGAAGCAUAAUUACAAAAUGAACGGUCAUACACGCAAUCCAUUUAACAACCUCACGAACACUGGUAACAACAUGCUGCAACCUAGUCAAGAUAUCACAAUUAUGCCAAUCGUUAAUGGUAUUCCACCGAAGAAACAACCUCAAUUGAAUGCACAGCGUCCUGAACUUACAUUUCAUUGCAUGUUCUGUAGUGCAUACUCUGCAUAUCCAUCCGUUAUGUAUCGUCAUUUGAAUGAUGUACAUCCUAAUCGAUCUCAAGUACCUGAAGAGCCACAAAACUCGGUUAAUACAGAUGAAUCAGAAAAUGUGUUCGAACCGAUAUGUGAAUUAGUAGAGCUGGAUGAAAAGGUUGAUGGCAUUGAAAGUGAAACAGAUUCUGAAAGUGAUGAAGAGUCGUCAACGUGCAGCAGUGGCACUUCAACAACAACUGGCAGUAGUGGCACAAAUUCAAAUGCACCAGAUGAACUAGUAACUUCUGCGAAUAUCAAAGUAAAUGGCAAGGAAAAUAUGUAUCUAGCAAAUUACGGAAAUGUAGGAGGUAUUUAUGAAGAAGUAGAGACUGAUACAAUGAGUUCUGGUAGCACUCCGGAUGUGCCAACAAUAAUAAAAAAUAAUCAACGUGAAUCGAUAUCAAUCACAAUGGUGGAUUCUAAAAGUGCAACUACACAUAUAACCUCUUCGAAUUAUUCACGUACAUCAUCUGCUGUCAAUACCGGAUCUGUGACAAUAGCUUUUGCAGAUAGAAAAUGUUUUCAAUGCUCACAAUGCGAGCAAUCUUUUCGAAAUGCCGGAGACCUUUCCAAGCAUGUACGCUCGCAUAUAACUAAUAAACCAUAUCAAUGUUCUAUAUGUGAAAAGACUUUUACUCACAUCGGUAGUCUUAAUACCCACAUUCGUAUUCAUACUGGUGAUAAGCCUUACCAGUGUCAGCUGUGCUCCAAGUCAUUCACCCAAUCGAGUAGUUUGAUGGUCCACUUGCGUUCACAUAACUCAAACAAACCAUUCCAUUGCGAGCUUUGCGAUAAAGGAUUCUUUAAUAAUGCAGCACUAAUAAUGCAUCAGAAAACUCAUGAGGGAGAAGUCACUUACAGUUGCGAGAAAUGUGACAAAGUAUUUAAACAGCAAUCAGUAUUGGAUGAGCAUAUGCUUCUGCACACUGAAAUUUCUAUAUUUCAAUGUGCUAUCUGUAAGAUUUCAUUCACUACAGCAUCAUUAUUGGUACAACAUAUGAAAUGUCAUACCGGUGCAAAACCUUUCACGUGCUCCUUAUGUGAACGUUCCUUCACUCAGCCAGGCAGCCUCAACAUUCAUAUGAGGAUACAUACAGGAGAAAAACCGUUUAAGUGCAAAUAUUGCAACAAAAGUUUUGCACAAACCUCUAGUCUCAGUGUGCACAUGAAGGGGCACACAGGGUAUAUAACAUUUCCAUGCCAUAUAUGUGGUAAAAACUAUAGUCAACAAGCAUAUCUGAAUAAACAUAUGCAGGGUCAUGUUGCACGUAAUGAAACGCAUUCCGUUCCUCAACCAAAAACUCCUCUCGUCUGUAUUGUGUGCAGCAAGACAUUUGCGGAUAUAAGUUCGUUUGAAUUGCAUGUUGCUACCAAUCACGAGGAUCUUCUAAAAGGUAAAGCGACACUUGGUAAUCGUGGUGUGGACAUGAUAAUGGAACCGAUUGUUAAUAAAAUUAUUGCCGAUGAUAAUCAAAUGUUAAGUAAAAAUAUUGAAUCGACUAAAAGCACUACUAAUGAAAUUUCUGAUUCUAUAAAAACUCGUGCACAAAAAUCGAAUUCUGGUAAAGAAAAUGUGGAAGCAAAAGGUGUUAUUGUCCCAAAGAUAGUUCAUACAGCAAAAGAUGGUAAAGUACAAAAUAGUGGAAAUGAAGACAAAUUCCCUAAACCCGCAGCGGUUGAUAAACCUAUUAAGACUGAAAAAAGCGUAAUUGUAAGAAAUCCGGCAGCUUUGAAAUCUAAAGCUAGCAUAGAGAAUCAAGACACAGUAAUAUUCCAAAAACCACAAGCAAAAGCCAGAUUUCAACCAAAUGAAAUAGUGCCACCAGACGCAGUUACCGCCAAUUUCAUUGUAGAAAAAAAAGCUCAGAAUGACAGUGUCAUGCAGUUAGGCGAUUUAGAUGAUUUUGAGGAGGAUGAAGAAGAAACAAUUGAAAUGGAUUCUGCGGAUAAUUAUAACGCACAAUUGGUAGCAGCUCAAAUGAUCUCCUCAGUGGAGAAUUCACAAAUUAAAGUGGAACAGGAGGAGUAUCCACCUUUUGCAUGUGAAAAUUCACCAGUUUACGAUGAAUUCCUUAACAGUGAACCUCAUAUAAAAAUUGAAAAUGAUGAUAUGAGUGACUAUUAUACUUUCGAUGAAGUACAAAACAUGGACUAUGAUAGCGUGGCCGCUGAAGAAGAAGUUAUCACUUCUAAAUAAAGCACGCAGUAUUAAAGAAGAGGAUAAUGAUUGCUGCACCUGCUUGCAUUUAAUUCCGCAAUUCUAAUUUAAAUACUCAACAAUAAUUGUAUAAUGUAAAAAUGAUCGUUAAAGAACAACUUAAACUAAA